AUGAUGGUUUCAACUGUAAUUUGUUGUUUCGUAUUCGUUCUAUUCAGAUGUGUUCAUCAUCCUCGAUGUCAUAGUCUUCCUGUUUGUUAUCCAGUGCCAAGUUUUAAUCAACAACUCUGUCCACCGAUAGCAACGAUAAAUGGUACAACUACAAGUAAGAUUCCAAUUACAACUGCAACGACAACAACUCCAAUAACAACUACAACUGCUACCCAACAACUAGGUAAACAUUAG